AUUUACACCGAUAGACAGUUUAAUUGAAUGGCGAAAAACAGCGGAAAAAAGUUCGAAACAAGAGAAAGAUUUUAUGGCAUUUUUAAGAAUAGUCAGAGUACACGUUACAGAAACGAAACACAUAUUGAGUGUGUUAUAUUUUCUAUGUUAUGCAUAUUUUCCGUUUUCCAUUUGCUUUGUAAUAUAUUUAAAAUAUGAAAUAACUAGUUUUAUCAUAAAUGAGUGUAGAAGAUGUGGAAAGCGUGCGAGAAGAGUUAAACGAAGACUUACAAAUUACUAAUGAUCAUAAACAAUAUGUGCCAAUUAUGCACGAUAAUUCUUCGUCUUCGUCUUCGGAACCGAGCAUUGAUUCUGAUCUCAACGACAUCGUAAGGCUCUGUCUUCAUGGAGAAACGGAAGUUGCACGUUUAUUCUUCCAACCAGAUAUACUUUAUUUCGGAGAACUUUAUGUCGGUGAAAAUUCACAGCGAGUAGUUCGUAUAUCGAAUCCAUUAAAAUUUGCACCUCUAUUUUGUCGUUACGUGCGUAACGCAUCGGCUCAUUGCUAUCCAGAGACGAUUUUAUUAAAACCAGAAGGAUCUAUAGAAGUACUUUUAAAAGUUCGAGGAAAAGAAAAUAUCAGUUCAUCAUUCAAGAUUUAUUUCGAUAUUGCGGCUGAUUCAUGCGAAUCGAUGAAAACUAGACGCCAAACGAAAAUCAAAGUAGGAAGAUAUUCAAUACAAUGUAGAGUGAAUGUGAAACUAUUGGUUACCACGAAACAAUCAUGUAUGACACGAGCGAUAAGUUCUUUUGAAGAAUAUUAUAAAGAUAUACGGAAACUCCCGAAAGAUACUCGGAAAAUGCCAUUAUCACAUUUUCUUACAAUAAAAUCGAAGUUGAAAAAAGAUAUUAUUGUAAAAAAACAUAAUAAUAACGAAGAAAUUAUGGAAAAAGUUGUUCAUAUUCCUAAGUGGAAACAUAAAAAAAUAUCGGAAACAGUGAAGUGCUAUACUUCGGUUAAAAAAUUAUCGACUAGUACCGAAGUAUUAAUACCUUUAACUCCUUUACAAAUAUACAACGUACGCAUGUAUCCUACUUUAUUCGCUUUUGGAAUGGUCGUUCCCAAAACUCACAACUAUAAACAAUUAAUCGUAGAAAAUUUAAACGAUUUUUCAAUUAUGAUUCGCUUUACGAGUUUAUCUAAAUUUAUUAAUUUCCCGGAAGGGAAUUUAAUUAUUUUGCCACCCGGUUUAAUCGCAACGCGAUUAGUCGAAUUUCGUGCAUAUCAUAUUGGCAAAUUUAACGGUUAUAUCGGUUAUCUUAUUAACGACAAUCAUUCAUUCGAACUUAGCGUUACUGCCAAUAUUGUUGAAAAACAAUUAUCAUUAGAUACUCGAGAAAUUACUCUUGGUCAAGAUUGGUUAAAGGAAGAAAUCUAUCGACCAAUGGAUUGUGCUAUUCAGAUUAGAAAUAAAUUGGAUGCAAAAACCAAGUUCCAGUGGGAAAUACCAAGCACAAGUUGCUUUUUUGUCGAGCCAAUAUCAGGUGUCAUUCGUGGAAAUGCUUCAUUAUUCAUUUAUGUAUAUUACAAGCCUGAUUUUUCAAAAUCCACUUCUGCGGAAUUGAUAAUGAAAUGUGAAAAUAGCAGUUAUAAUACUAUACGAAUAAGCAUUCCAGGAUUUAUACCCAAAGUUAGCUUUAUUAAGGAUAUUAUAAAUAUUGGUGAAAUACCGCUUAAUCUGCCAACGAAAACAAUAGCUUUUUUACGUAAUUUUGAGUACGUUGAGAUCGAAUUCGAAGUAGAUUCUUCUUCUUUGGUUCAUGGAUGCAUUGUUCGUCCUCUUCACGGAAUAAUGUCGCCUCGUGCAGUUGCUACUUUAGAGAUUUAUCUAACAUUUAGUUUAUGUUUUCAUUUUACUAUGGUGAUUCGCGUUACGAUACAAAAGCACUUAAAUCUUCAAUUAAAAAUCAUAGGCAAUGUAUCAUAUCCACAAUUGAAGUUAAAUCCGCAAUUUUUACAUUUACGACGAAUAAGCGCCUCUGCGUAUCAACAUUAUUUGAUAAAUGCAACAAAUGUCGGGACAACUAUGCUAAAAUUAAAAUUUUUACUAGAAGAAUAUCCAGAAUUUCGUGUUUGUCUUUCGUCGCAAAGGCACGAUCCUGGUAUAGGUGAUAAAGAUAUUUUUAUCGCACCUAAUACUAGCCAAGAAUUUCAUCUUCAUUUUGACCCUAUUGAUUUGGCUAGUUACGCAUUUUAUCUUCCAAUUGUUAUCAACGGUAUUAUCGGUCCAGUAUCAAUAACACAUCCCAAAUCGCUCAAACCUUCGGAACAUUUAAAACAAUUUAAAGGAUAUUAUAUUAAUGUGCCAAACUUCAUCUUAGAAAAGUUACCUCCGACUAUCGUGACGAUGUCCAUUGAUUGUACAGUUGCAGGCCAUCUUAUUUUUUUUAACAAAUUGGAAUUCCAUUUCAACAUUUUAUCAAACAUUGUAAGUGUGCCAAUUGUCCAAAAAAUAUUAUAUAGAAUAAUCCGAUUCAAAGAGAAUUUAUUCGUAUAUUAUUCUUUUCAGGUAUUACAUAAUGCUAUAUGCGUGGUAAAUGCAUGGAGAAAGAUACGACUUGGUUUUAUAAUUUCACCAUUGGACAUUAUAUAUCCAAAUUGUGUUAAAAUGUUGAUGCUGGUUACAUAUUUGUAUAAUAUAUUGCCAACAUAUAUUCCAAAAGCUACGAUUAAAUUCAGCUGUCCCUUGUCUGAAACUGUAACGAGACAAAUAAAUUUCACAAAUCCAACCGCCAAUAAUGUCGGUUUCUUAAUACAAUUUUUUGGAAACAAACAUGGAUUUUUUACGACAAUGUUACCACAAUCGGUCAUUCAUUUAACCAGUCAUGGAAGCACAAUAAUAAAAAUACAAUUUUAUGCUAGAAAAAUUAAAAAAACUAAAGCUUACCUUUUGUUGUGUGGAUCGACAAUCGGUCCUCAUUUUGGUCGGAACCAAACAUUUAUUUUAGAAGGUCAAGUCGAUUGUUUAGGAAUUGCAAAUGAAUAUACAAUAUAUAGCAAGCUGUAUCAAGCAGUUGACAAAAUUUUAACUAUUAAUGUACCGUAUGAAAAUUCGAUAGAAUAUGAAAUUUGGGCAUCGGAAAAACGACCAACUAAACCGAGUACCUUGAAACAAACACGAUGGACCGAAUUAUGUUUGAGGAAAAUACCUCGAAGAUUAUUUAUAAAUCAAAAUUCAAUUGUUGUCAAGGAAAAUAUGAAAAAAGCUUUUUUAUCAGUUACGGUAGCAUGCCUUUCGCCCUGUCAUCGAAGCUUUUGGAUCAUUUUUCAAUCAAAAAUAGGUGAUUUUAUCAUUCAGAUAAAUUCGCAUUGGCAAUCAUCUUUAACUGAUAAUAUUAUUGUCAAAUGGAAUGAACAAAUUGAAAAAUGCAUUUGCACGGAACAGAAUUAUAACGAAAUGUGUCCAUUAAAUUUGAUUGUACCAAUACCAUCUAGAAAUAAGCAACUUUGGAGUUGUGUUGCUCAUAUGUUUCAAAAAACUCUCAAUCCAAAAGAACGAUUAUUUUGGACUCGAUAUUUAGACACGCAUAUUGGAUUACGUUUAAUUCGUUGGUUAAUGGGAGACAAUACAGAUUCUGCUGCUAUGGAAUUUAACCAUAUAUUUGAUAAAAAAGUAACAUAUAACGUAACAAUAUCCGACACAUCACAUAUUCUUAGAUAUCCCAAGACGUUUAUUAUAAAUGAUGUAAGACCCCGUGCAGAAAAUACUCCGAUAAAUAUUCAUAUUUCACCAUUUAUAGACCGAUUAUGUGAAAUAAUAUUGACAUUAGUCUCUAUCAAUGGUAAUGAGCGAAGGAUGUAUGUAAUUGACUUCUUACAUAUGUAAAAUAAUUAUUGGCACGAUAUAGUUAAAUUAUAUAUAAUUAUGUACAAAAUAGUAAAAUUCAAAGAUUAUGACUAUUUUUUCUAAUGAAUAUAUUAAAAAUGUUAACAUUAAAAGUGUAAAUUCAAUAGUAAUGAUUAUGUUACAAU